UUUUCUUUUCUCUUCUUUCUCUCUCUCUCUCUCUUGAGUUGUGUCAAUCAUGUAUUAAACCAGGCAAUCUAUUAUUCUCUUUUUACACCUUUUUUUUUUUCUGUUUUCUGCAAAAUUUCAGCAACUCCUCCUCAAGCUUUGUUUUUUUCUCUUCUCUUCGUCAUUAAAGGUCACCUUUUUUGACUCUUGGUGAUGGGUUGGGUUGUAUCCUUUAUGUGACUAAAAACCAACCCAAAGUUUUUCAAUUUCACACUUCUUUUCCUUUUCCGUUUCCAUUUUGAGUUUUUGUUACUUGAUAUGUGAAGGGGUUUCUCCAUGAACUGCCGAACGCCCUUCAUCAUUUCUUGGUUUAGUCCUUUUCUUAUCUGGGUUUGGUGGAUUUUUUUUGGUAUUACAUUUUUUUCCCAUUUGUUCUAUUCAAGUUGUACCACCAUUAUUGUUGUUACUACUAAUUAUUGUAUUCAUCUCAUAUAAUUUAACUUUCUUUCUUAGAGGGUCUAUGAUUAAUGUGUUUUUUUUUAAUAAAUCUCUUCUGGGUUGUUGUCUGAACUGUUGUUUUUCAUCUCUUUAUUUGUUAAACUAAUAUUUAAGAGCCCAAAAAAGCUGCAGUAGAGCAACCACACUAAUCUGCAUCUUGUACAAUUUAUUUCUCUCUUUAAAUCUUAAGCCUUUUUAUGGUAACAAAAUCAUAACCCCAUUCUUCCAUCUAUAUGUGUUGUCAAAUAUCUCAUCUUUGAUUCUUGAUUCUUUGUUUCAAGUUGCGGUUUUUUUUAGAAGAACACUUUUUUUCCUUAAUCUGGGUAUUGACUAAAAUUCUUUGUUUUUCAGUUUCUUUCAUUCAAGGUCUCUUGUAUUCUCUGGUACAGAAUCUUUUAGUUUCUUUGUCUGGGGUUUUUGUUCUGUGAGUAAUGCAAAUUGGAGGCACCCAAAAUGGCAAAUCUUGUUUCAGGGGUCCUUCUGAAGCUUUUACAACAUAUGAACACAGAUGUGAAGGUUGCUGGCGAGCACAGGUCAUCUCUACUGCAAGUAGUGAGCAUAGUUCCUGCACUAGCAGGAGUGAUAAGAUCCAACUAGGUCAGUUUAUUCAUGUUGACCGGUUAGAAUCGUCUUCACCGGUUCCUAUAAUUCGUGGGGUUAGGCCGGUCCCUGGGCGACACCCUUGUGUAGGGAGCCCUGAGGAUAUUGUUGCAACUCAUUCUCUUGGGUUUCUUAAUAAUGGUAUUAAAAGUGCCUUGGGUUCAAAAGCUGGAGAGAAAGUUAAGUCACCAUCAAAAGCAGCGUUAGGUAGUGGUCACGGUGGAGAGAAAGAGAAAUCUGUUGGGAGUAGAUCAAAUGGUGGUGCAAAGGAGGAUCAAUUGGAUAAGAAAGCUACUUCUUUGACUAGAUCGAAGUCUCAAUUGACUAAAGCAGCAUUGAGUUUGGAUAUGAAGAAGGAAACUUUGGGGAAAUUUAAGGCACUAAAUUCACGGUCAAUUCCUUCUUCCCCCACAAGUUGUUACUCAUUGCCAACUUCUUUUGAGAAAUUUGCCACUGGGAUUAAGCAGCAGGCAGAAAUAAAGGGGAUGAGAAAAGGAAGUCCCAAGGUGGGAUCUAUGGAGAAGGCAAGUUCUUUGCAUGGGGUAAGUCCAACUGGAAAAAAGGUGCCCGUGAUGAAAACCUUGGUUCAUGGGAUUGAAUUAGGGGCCAAGGCUUUGAGAAAGAGCUGGGAAGGGAAUAUGGAUGUGAAGGGUAGGGACCAUUCUAAACUGAGGGCUGCCAAGCAUGAUCCCAAGGGAGAAUCUCGGAGUACUUCUGCUCCUAGAAAGAGCACAUCAAGUGAAAAGUUGCCAUCCAAGGAGGAGAAUAAGUUCCAAACAUCUACCAGGUCAUUAAAAGAGGAGACUAAAUCGCAGGUGUCAACUAAGAAAGUCAUGGCAAGUGGAAUGUUGGAUGACCAAGAGAAACCAAACAAGCCAAGAACUUACGUUGGGAAGAAAUCUGGAGAACUAACUAAUAAUGCUGCCCUGGGGAACUUGGUUAAGGUUCCGAUAAAUAGUAAAAGAUUGACAGAUGGAAGUGUUUCAUGGGUUUCACUCCCCUCUUCUCUUUCAAGGCUUGGAAAGGAGGUCAUGAAACACAGGGAUGCAGCACAAACAGCUGCGAUAGAAGCUUUACAGGAGGCUGCUGCUUCAGAGAGCUUGCUUCGAUGUUUAAGCUUAUAUUCUGAUCUUACUACUUCUGCCAAGGAAGACAACCCUCAGCCUGCGGUGGAUCAGUUCUUGACCCUCCAUGCAAGCUUGAAUAAUGCUCGCAUGAUUGCAGAUUCUUUAUCAAAAACUAUUCCAGUCGGUUCAUCCCCGGAAUCUGAAGGAAGCCCAUCAGAAGAGGCAGUGAAAGUCGCAUCGGAUAGACGGAGAUAUGCAGUCUCGUGGGUGCAAGCUGCACUGGCUACCAAUUUGUCAUCCUUCUCUGUAUUUACCAAAGAACCUAAUUCAAUGCUAAGUCAUGCUUCAGCUUCUGUACAAAGCCAGAAGACUAUUCCUGCCAAUCAAAACAUAUUAGUUCUAGAAAAUUCUGCUAAGAAUGCUUCUGCAAAAGCCCAAGGGAAAACUCGUCCAGUAGUUAUCUCUAAGCUUGUAGCACAGGGUGUUCUUCGCAAAGCAGGGGAUGGUUCAGGCCUUGGUCCAAAGGCACCGGUCCAACCACCACCAGAAUGGACAAGGGGAAAUGGCCUUGAUGAGGCUGCUGACUUAGCUGAAAUGUUGCGAAUGGAAUCCCAGGAUUGGUUCUUAGGAUUUGUGGAGAAAUUCUUGGAUGCUGAUGUGGACACAUCUGCUUUAUCAGACAAUGGUCAAAUAGCUGGGAUGUUGACACAACUCAAGAGUGUCAAUGACUGGUUGGAUGAAAUUAGUUCAAGCAAAGAUGAAGAAGAGACACCCAAUGUUUCAUUGGAGACAAUUGAUAGGCUAAGGAAGAAAAUAUACGAGUAUCUUCUUACACAUGUUGAAUCUGCUGCUGCUGCUCUAGGUGGUGGAUCACAGCCGUCACCAUGCACCCGCACAGUUGAAACAAAAGCAAAAAAGUGACUUGGCUAGCCUACAUGAAAUGCACAUAUGCAGUGUUGAUGCACAGCAGUUAGGCCCCUCAUCCAGCAAAGGUGGGAGGAGCUUACUAAUUUAUCAUGUACAUAAAUCCUACAUGGGUUCGAGGUGUAGAUGCAGUAGUCAUAUCAAAAGAAAUGUGUUUGAUGCAAAGUGCAGGUGUUUUCUUUUCUUUUUCCUUGGAAAAAAAGAAAAAAAAAAGAUCACAUUGUUAUUGGUUGCCUGAAAUUAUACAAAUGAAAACAGUCUGAAGAGUUGGGAGGGAGCUUUUUCUAUGUCCAACUUGAAUAUGUAACUUUCAAAAUUCAUUUCAGAAUCGGAAAAGUUAUUCUAAAAAUCCGAGUUCCCUUGGCAGUGCAGUAGCAGUCGAGAUGCAGGAUGUCAAAUUUUAGUUUCAGUUGAUAGGCAUUGCAUUCUAGACAGUACAUAGCAUGACUGUCAAAUAAAUAUUGUAUCUGUGAUCUAACUCUUCCUUAGCCCGUCUUUUGUAUGUAUGGUUAGAAAUCUUUGCACAAAAGCAAAGACUUGCUUGUUUA